AUGGAUAUCUAUGCACUACAGGACAGGUGCAGCAAGACCAUCACUGCCAUCAAGGCACCUACAUCUGCAUCAGCUCGAGUUCCAUCAUCAACCUCUGGAGUUUCUCAUUCGGCACUUGAUGUGCCCAUGGCAAUGGCUAUUCAGGAUGGUGCAGCUCGAAUUGCAAUUCUCGAGGCUCGUGUCGUGGAGCAGGAUGGUAAGAUUGACACCCUGCAAUGCCUCCAUGAAGGUCUUCAACGAGAAAUCAUCCUCCGGCACCCAUCAUUUCCACUUCCGGAUCCCCCUACCAAUGCAACAUCCUUGUUGCUUCAUCAACCAGUCCCCCCUUCCAUGUCACCCCCCGAAUCAGCACUUCCUCCUCUCAUUGAUCUGUCGAUGGCAGGGAUGGAGCUCACCCUCCCAAAACUUGAGGAUCCUCCUGCCAUCAAGGGUCUCAUGUUCGAGCACAGCCAAGUUGAACCCAAGGGUCCACAGAUGUCCAUAGAAUAA